UUGUCUCAUCCAUACACACUAUUCUCUCAGAGCUUGUGGCCAAUUAAGAAAAUGGCAAAGCAGACAAGUUUCUUAGGCUUCCUUGUCUUUGGAUUUCUCAGUUUCAUUUGUCUACCUGCUGAGGCUGCCCUUAAGAAAUAUCAAUUUGAUGUUCAAUUGUCAAAUGUGAGCAGACUGUGCCAUGCAAAACAAAUGGUAACAGUUAAUGGGAGAUUUCCGGGGCCAACUAUAUAUGCUAGAGAAGGAGACAGAGUUCAAAUCAAUGUUACUAACUAUGCACAAUAUAACUUGUCUAUCCAUUGGCAUGGUUUGAAACAAUAUCGCAACGGCUGGGCAGAUGGACCAGCUUACAUAACUCAGUGCCCUAUCCAGACAGGAAAUAGCUAUGUUUAUGACUUCAAUGUAACAGGACAAAGAGGAACCCUAUGGUGGCAUGCACAUAUUCUUUGGCUACGAGCAACAGUCUAUGGUGCAAUAGUUAUCCUGCCACAAGAAGGAACUCCGUUCCCUUUUCCUCAGCCAGAUAGGGAAGAAGUACUCGUACUAGGAGAAUGGUGGAAUGCUGAUGUUGAACAAGUUGAGAAACAAGGAAAUGCAUUGGGUAUACCUCCUAAUAUGUCUGAUGCUCAUACAAUCAACGGAAAGCCAGGACCUCUUUUCCCAUGUUCAGAGAAAUAUACUUUUGCCAUGGAAGUUGAAAGAGGAAAGACAUACAUGUUGAGAAUCGUCAAUGCUGCUCUCAAUGAUGAGCUCUUCUUUGCCCUAGCUAAUCAUACCUUCACAGUGGUAGAAAUUGAUGCAGUCUACACAAAACCAUUCUCCACUGAGGCAAUUCUGAUAGCGCCAGGCCAAACUACAAAUGUUCUGGUUCGUGCCAACCAAGUUCCAGGAAGAUAUUUCAUGGCUGCAAGGGCUUUCAUGGAUGCUCCAAUCAGUGUGGAUAACAAGACUGCCACUGCUAUAUUCCAGUACAAGGGAAUCCCAGAAACUGUUCUGCCAAAACUUCCAACCUUGCCUGCACAAAAUGACACGAACUUUGCUUUGAGCUAUAACUCUAAACUCAAAAGCCUAAAUACUCCCAAAUAUCCAGCAAAUGUUCCCCUAAAUGUUGAUAGACACCUUUUGUUUACUGUUGGCCUAGGAGUAAAUCCUUGUCCGACCUGUCUAAAUGGAACUCGGCUAACAGCUUCUCUGAACAACAUCUCCUUCACCAUGCCACAAACUGCACUUCUUCAAUCUCAUUACUUCAAUAUUAAGGGUGUGUAUACUCCAGAUUUCCCAGACAAACCACCUACUCCGUUCAAUUUUACAGGGGCACCUCUUACAGCCAACCUAAGGACAAAUCUAGGCACGAGAAUCAGUAAAAUUGCUUUCAAUUCAACUGUUGAAUUAGUAAUCCAAGACACCAACUUAUUAUCAGUGGAAUCACAUCCUUUCCAUCUCCAUGGCUAUAACUUCUUUGUGGUUGGAACUGGCGUUGGUAAUUUUGACCCCAAAAAGGAUCCAGCAAAAUACAACUUAAUUGAUCCUAUUGAAAGAAAUACUGUAGGUGUUCCAACUGGUGGUUGGACUGCUAUUCGGUUCAGAGCUGAUAAUCCAGGGGUCUGGUUUUUCCAUUGUCAUCUGGAGUUGCACACAGGUUGGGGACUGAAGACAGCAUUUCUAGUGGAAAAUGGACCAGGAUUAGAUCAAAAUAUUCUGCCUCCACCGAAGGACCUUCCACCUUGCUAGUUAAUUUCACUAGGCUUUCUUUCUUUUUUAAAUCUGCGCAGAUGGUUUGUGUGCAAGCUUACAAUUUGCUUCGCGCACAUAAGGAAGCAAAAGGCCUCGAGGAUCAUACACAUUUAAGAAAGAGUUUCUACCUAGAAAUCAACAGGAUUCCUUUGUAAUUUGAGUUGUAAUAAAAGUCCACACAUAAGAAUGUGAUUUUGGACUAUUGUUCUUCUAUGAACUUCCCUGAUUCAUUUAA